CAACUGAGAAGAAAUGGAUGCAAAUGAGAAAAACCUGCAGAAGAGCUACUUUGAUGUGUUGGGACUAUGCUGUUCCUCUGAGGUUCCGCUAAUAGAAAACAUAUUGAAAUCAGUUGAAGGGGUGAAAGAAGUAUCUGUGAUUGUUCCUACCAGAACCGUCAUUGUUCUUCACGAUAAUCUCCUUGUUUCUCAGAUUCAAAUCGUAAAAGCUCUAAACCAAGCAAGACUGGAAGCAAAUGUGAGAGCACAUGGGGAGAUAAAGUACCAAAAGAAAUGGCCAAGCCCUUUUGCAGCAGCCUGUGGGUUGCUGCUUUUGAUAUCCCUUUUCAAGUAUGUGUACCGUCCUUUGCAAUGGGCAGCUGUGGCAGCGGUGGUUGUUGGCAUCUACCCCGUCCUUUUGAAGGGCUAUGCGGCCAUCACCAAUUUCAGGCUGGAUAUCAACAUUCUCUUGCUGAUUGCAGUGAUGGGGAGCAUAGCAAUGAAGGACUACACUGAAGCCGCCACUAUAGUCUUCCUCUUCACCACUGCGGAAUGGCUGGAGUCAAGAGCAAGCCAUAAGGCUACUGCAGUAAUGUGUUCAUUGAUGAGUAUAAGUCCUCAAAAAGCGGUGAUAGCAGAGAGCGGAGAAGAAGUGGAUGCGGAUGAAGUGAAAUUGAACACUGUGCUGGCAGUCAAAGCUGGUGAAGUUAUACCCAUUGACGGGAUCGUCGUCGAUGGGAUAUGUGAAGUGGACGAGAAAACUCUCACCGGAGAAUCACUUCCUGUUCCCAAACAAAAGGAUUCAACCGUCUGGGCUGGCACCAUCAAUCUAAAUGGUUACAUUAGCCUGAAAACCACAGCCGUGGCUGAAGACUGUGUAGUGGCUAAAAUGGCAAAGCUCGUGGAGGAAGCUCAAAACAGCAAAUCUACCACCCAAAGAUUUAUAGACAAAUGUGCUAAGUUCUACACCCCAGCAAUUAUAGUUGUAUCAACCAGCAUUGCCGUGAUUCCAGCUGCAUUGAGAGUGCAUAACCUUCACUACUGGUUUCACUUGGCAUUGGUUGUGUUGGUGAGUGCAUGUCCUUGUGCGCUUAUCCUUUCCACUCCUGUUGCCACCUUUUGUGCACUUACAAGAGCAGCAACAUCAGGACUUCUGGUUAAGGGGGGCGACUAUCUCGAAACUCUUUCCAAGAUUAACAUCACAGCUUUUGACAAAACUGGCACACUUACCAGGGGCGAAUUUAUUGUGACCGAUUUUCAAUCUCUCUGCGAAGAUACAAGCUUCAACACAUUGCUUUACUGGGUUUCAAGCAUUGAGAGCAAGUCAAGUCAUCCAAUGGCAGCUGCACUUGUAGAAUACGGAAGAUCACAUUCAAUUGAACCAGAGCCUGAAACUGUGGAGGAUUAUCAAAAUUUCCCUGGAGAAGGUAUUUAUGGGAGAAUUGAUGGAAGAGAUAUUUACAUCGGAAGCAGAAAAGUAUCAGAGAGAGCUCAUGGAACAGCUCCAAUUCUAAAAGGCAAUAUGAUGGAAGGUAAGACCAUUGGAUAUGUAUUUUGUGGAGCAAACCCUGCUGGAAUCUUCAGUCUCUCGGAUGCUUGUCGAACCGGUGCUGGAGAGGCCGUAAAUGAGCUGAAGUCAAUGGGGAUCAAAACUGCUUUGCUAACAGGAGACAAUCAAGCAACAGCCAUGCACGUACAAGAACAGCUGGGGAAUAGUCUAGAUGUGAUCUAUGCAGAACUUCUUCCCGAAGACAAGGCAAGAAGAAUCAAAGAGUUUAAGAAAGAAGGGCCAACAGCAAUGAUUGGAGAUGGCAUUAACGAUGCACCUGCACUUGCUACAGCUGAUAUUGGUAUCUCGAUGGGCAUUUCGGGUUCUGCCCUUGCAACAGAGACAGGGCAUGUGAUUCUCAUGUCAAAUGACAUCAGAAAGAUACCAAAAGCUAUCCAACUGGCGAGAAAGGCUCAAAGUAAAGUGAUUCAGAAUGUAAUUUUGUCUAUCGGAACUAAGGUGGCUAUUCUGGCAUUGGCAUUUGCUGGUCAUCCACUUGUGUGGGCAGCGGUUCUUGCUGAUGUCGGCACAUGCUUGUUGGUUAUCUUCAAUAGCAUGCUCCUUUUACAAGGAACACACAAACAUGCAGGAAAAUGUUGCAAGUCUUCAGCUAAAUCACAUAUGGACAAACAUGGAUGUAAAACCAGCCAUUGUCAUUCAUCUCAUAAUGCUCGACAUGGUAACGUAGACAAAAAGGUCCGAAAGGCAUGUGAGCCCCAACAGUGUUCCUCUUCUAGCUGUGCCUCAAGAUGUCAAUCUAGCAAUUCCAAGUCACAUUCAUCUUCAAAUUCAUGUGGGAGCGGUAAAUGUUUAGGGACACAUGAUACUUGUCAUAGUCAUGAAGCAAAGCAUUGUGACCAGGGAAGUUGUAACAUUGUCAAUCACGAGAUUGGGGGCAACAAUCCCAGCAACUGCUGUUCAGGCUUGUGCGUAGAAUCGAAUGAUCUCCGUGGGGAAAACCAGGGGGAUCUACAUCACUUGUCCAAUCAGGAAGAGAAAAAAGACGAUCCUUAUCAUUCCACUUGUGGCGAAAACCAUACUGACUUUAAAGCAUUAGGAAACUUUGUAGAGCAUUGUUGUUUGGAGGCCCCAAACCCAGUGGGUCUUCCAUAUCCGAACAAGUGUUUUGCAGAUAAUAGUGAGCCACCUCACACUGCUAUAGACAUUCCAAUGCAUGAGACUAGGCAUGGUUGUAAGAAUGUGGAGAAGAGAGAAUUUGGUGGUUGUUGCUAGAGCUAUAUGAAAGAAUGUUGUGGUAACCAUGGACAUUCUAGAACUGGCUUAACAGAAAUCAUCUUCGAAUAGAGAUAUUUAACUUCCAUAGGAACUAGGAUCUCAGAUGUAUGGGGUUGUAGAUCCAAGAAAUUGCGACAAAUCUAAUAAUUGUUAAAAAGGAAAUGGACAUUAUCAUAGCUAGUUUUAAUUAGAAUGGUUUUGGUCUUUGAU